AUGCACCUCAUUGUAAGGAAUGCGGUUCUGAUAGGACUUGCUGUGUUCGGCUAUAUCGCACUAUGGCAGUUCGCAAGCAAAAAUGGGACCUUUGGGUUGAUGAAAGCGGACUCAUCGAAAAACCGUCUACCAGGAACCGGCGAGGAAUACACCACGGAGUUCACACGAUGGAAUUGGCUUGACAAGUUUUUGCGAAGCUUGCUUACGCUCUUCUGGCCAAUGGUCAAUGGCACCCGGCCUGGCUCCUCGUUGAUGUGCUUCUACUUUGCCGGUCAAGGCAUCGUCGCAUGGAUUCUGACAGCUCUUGAAGGACAACGCCAACUCAACAAGAACAGUUGGAGGGUUACUUCUCUGACCACUGCAUAUGGCUUGCUAUUCCAGGGCCUCGGUAUUGGAGUCAUAGGCCCCAUCUUCCUCGCCUUCUCCCCUGUUGGAGAGCAAUCGACAAGUCAUGUUUUCGUGAACCACAAAACAGACAUAGAUGCCAUUAUCCCUGCAACAAUUGGCGGUAUCAUUGUUCCAACAAUCUUGAUGUCGCUUCAUGCGCCGACAAUCGUCUCUCUAGAGCAAAAGGUUGAUCUCAUCCGCCUUUGGCAGUUCUUUCCAUUGCUGUUUCGCUUGGGCCAGCGUGUUUGGACAAGCUACGUCCUCGUCCGACUUGGUACUUACAAAGACGAACUCGCGGAGAAGAGCCCAAAGAAUCAACGACGAGCAUUCCGCAGAGUUUAUAUCUUUGGUCUCUGCUGUGCGGCAGUCCCUCACGUCAGCACCAUUGCUGUUUCGAUAACCAGCCUGCUGUUCCCUACGUUCUUCGCAAACAACAUUCCGGCAGAGUUCCACCCGAUCAACCUGUUCAUUCCCAUUUCACCGUUCUCUGGAAAGCAGGCAGGCACAGUAGGUGAAGGUGCUCAUUGGUUCUUACAAUGGGACAUGACACUCAUGUUCCUCACCUAUCUGGUCUGGGCAUAUUUCGCGGUUGUUAAGGUAAUCUACCCCAGCUCGGGAGUACUCUCAACUUCGUUGCUACUACGUCUUGCUGGCUGGUCCUUACUAUUUGGUCCAAUGGGAGCGGCCAUGCUCGCGAUUUGGGAAAGAGAUGAUAUCGUUUUCGAAGCGGAAGAGCAGAAAAUGAAGUCUCGCAAGAUUUCGCCCGAGGAAGUUGCUGCACUCGCACAAACCCGGAACAAGAAUGCUUGA